GAUCAGCAUCGACAGUGAUCUAGAUCCACAGAUGCUGGUUCUGUCCGAGUGCGAGUAUGUGGAAGUGAGUAGCUCGCAAGGGAGGGAUCUCUCGCUGUUUGCUUAAUUGUAGUAGUUAAGAAUCCUCAGUUUGUGUGCGUUAAUUGUACCUUUUAGUUGGCUAGUUAGUUAGUUAAUCAGUCUUUUUCUUUUUCUUUUUCUUUUACUUUUUUCUCUUUUAAAUCUUCUCCAAGGAAUAUUUGCAGAUUUUAGUGUUUCACGGAAAAGAUCAGAUAACUCUAGCAGUAUGGGGGAGUAGCGGAGUGCUGCUUGUGGCGUGGGUGUGGGACAAUACAAGGUUGAAGGACUUGGGGAUUGCAAGACAAGACGCGGAGCGAGAUGGAGGAGGGCUUGAUAUACAGUUUUGUGUCGAGGGGGACGACUGUUCUCGCUGAAUACGCGUCGGUGUCCGGAAACUCGAACAGAAUUGCGGCGCAGUGUUUGGCAAAGCUGCCUGGAGGCAACAACAAGCACACUUACGUAUGCGAUCGACACACAUUCAAUUUCCUUGUUGAGGAUGGGUUCACAUUUCUAGCGGUGGCUGAUGAGGACUUCAGCCGCCAGAUUGCGUUCGCCUUCUUAGACCGCGUGAAGAAUGAUUUCCAGCACCGGUAUCAAGGCGGGAGGGCCGAUCUCGCGGUCACUUAUAGCCUCAAUGCGGAGUUCGGGCCGAGGUUGAAGGAGCACAUGGACUUUGUUGCCGCCAACCCUGAAGAGAUUAAGAAAAUGUCGAAAAUCAAGUCUCAAGUGGCGGAGGUGAAGGAAAUCAUGAUGGUGAACAUCGAGAAGUUGCUUGACCGAAACGAAAGGAUCGAUCUUCUAGUAGGCAAGACAGAUGAUCUUCACUCCAAUGCGCAUGUCUUCGAAAAGCAGGGUAAUCAGAUUCGACGCAGGGCGUGGUGUGCACACUUCAAACUGAAGCUCCUCGUCUUAGUCCUCAUCAUCAUAGUUGCCUUCAUCAUCUAUCUCUCAAUCUGUAGAGAUUUCAUCUGCCAUAACCCUGGUAUGCCUGGAACAACUCCUGCUAAUGUUCCCCCUGCUGAAUAGUAAGACCAUAUGAAAUCGUUUAUGCCCAACAUCAUAUGCUGGCAUCCUACAUUGAGGCCUCACAAACAGAUCCAAGAUUAGUUUUUCAUGUCGAAGGGAGUGGGUUGACUUCUAGGGAUCACCCACGGGGCUUGCAGUUUAGAUUGAUACAUGGCAAUGGAAGUGUAGUGAGCACCAUUGGUAGCCAUGACGCAUCGUUAAUCAUCCAUGAAAAAUUCCAUGUUUACUAGUUGGAAUCUUCCUGGGUAUUCGAGAACUCACCUCGAUCUGCCUGGCUAACGGCCACCAAUUUCGGUGUGCAUGGGUCUGAAUCUAUCUUUCUUGAGCGUAGGGCUGGAAGAGCCUGCAUCCCCACACAUUUACAGUAACAUACCAAUUUCGAAGUC